AUGUCUUCUUCUUUGACCAUCUAAAAGGCAAUAAAUAAGGAAAAAACAGUAGAGUUGUAUAAACAAAUAUAAAAGAAAAAGCGCAGAAAUUAAUACACUGUAGAGUUCAACUUCGGUAGUAAUAUAGAUGUUACUAAACUUAAAGAGAUUGUAGUUAUAAAUUAAAAUAUACCUCAUUGUAUUCCUCAAAACAUCAUCUUCAGAUUAAACUCUAACAUAUAGUUUCCUGUUACAGUUGAAUCUCAAUAUUAGUUAGGAUAUUUGAAUAUAGAUCCUCACUCCUAUAAUUAUAAAAUUGCUAGGUAUGACAAACAAAAUAGCUAUCAUAUUUUUAACUUAGAACCCAUCCACAGACCAUUCACAUCUUUUGAAAUAAUCAAGGAAGUAUUAAUGAAAGAAGGAGCAUAAUUGUUUGAAGGUUUUGAAUAAUUUCAUAAAAAAAAUUCUGACAUCACCAAAUAUAAAAUCGUUAAUGAAACUUAACUUCUUGAUUUUGAGCAUAAAAUUCAAGGCCCAGUUACUCUAUACAUUUAAAAGAAUAAAAAUGGAAUUAUAACCACUAUAGCAAGAAUAAUGAAUGAUGACUAUCUAUAAAUGUUAGGGAUAGAUGAAGAAAUGCUAAAGGAUUAUAUAUUUCAGACAGGAAUGUUACCUUAAUCCUUUGCUGGUGAUGGAAAUAUAAGAUGGAGUUAAACAUUAGCCCAAAUAUUUUAAUGUAAUGCUUCCAUGACCUUUGGAUAAUUAAUGCUCAUCAAUUAUCAAGGUUAAAAGUUUCCUGUCUAUUUGAGAUCUCAAAAUUUUCAUUUGUUCAAUCAAGAUGAUAAUUCUUAUACUGAAUACCUUUACUAUUUUUAUGAUGUUGAAUCCAAGUGGAUUAAUAAGAGAUUGAUAGAAUAAAAUAGUAUAGACUACUUCAAUAAAAAGACACUUAUUAUCAAUGAAGACACUGAUCAGCUUGAGUGUUAGAGGAGAUGCAGAUUUAGAAAAUUAUGA